CUGGCCCUUGAGCUGGUGAGGUGGCGUCGGUGUGACCCAGCCACUCUAGUUCCCCGCGAUGCGGAGGUCAGGCCCCGGCACCCGGCCGUUCUGAUCAGGUCUCGGCACGGAAAGCGGAGGGGGAGCCCAUGGCGGAGCCCUGUGAUCCCGGCUGCCGGGGGUCGGCGGGCGGCGGGAACCCGGAGGAAGAGGAGGACGAGGAGCGGGAGCCGCUGCUGCCGCGUAUCGCCUGGGCCCAGCCGCGGAGAGGCGCGCCGGGGGGCGCCGUGAGGCUGCAGGAGGCAGCUGGCAACGAGGGCGCGGCCGCCCCCCGCCAGGCCCGCGACCAGAAAUCGCCGCACCCGCCCAAGGACCGGUCCUCGGGGGCCUCCCGCGGCUCGCCCACCGACCAGAGCGGGAACCGCUCCUCCGGUUCAGUGAUUACUGGAGCUUCGGAGAUGAAUGCAUUCUUGGAUGAUCCAGAAUUUGCUGAUAUUAUAUUGAGAGCAGAACAAGCAAUAGAAUUGAGAGUUUUUCCACAAAGAAUCUCUCAAGGGUCAAGUGGAAGUUACUUUGUAAAGGAUCCUAAGAGGAAAAUUAUUGGUGUGUUUAAACCAAAAUCAGAAGAGCCUUAUGGUCAACUGAAUCCAAAAUGGACCAAGUAUGUCCACAAGGUCUGCUGCCCUUGCUGCUUUGGCAGAGGCUGCCUGAUUCCCAACCAGGGCUACCUUUCUGAGGCUGGGGCCUACCUAGUGGAUGAGAAACUUCAUCUGGGCAUUGUACCUAAAACAAAGGUGGUGUGGCUUGUCAGUGAGACAUUUAACUACAGUGCAAUUGACCGUGCAAAGUCAAGAGGCAAAAAGUAUGCCUUACAGAAAGUGCCAAAAGUAGGUAGAAAGUUUCAUCGGAUAGGACUUCCUCCUAAGAUUGGUUCCUUUCAGUUAUUUGUUGAAGGUUACAAGGAAGCUGAAUAUUGGCUUAGAAAAUUUGAAGCUGAUCCUUUGCCUGAGAAUAUUAGAAAACAAUUUCAGUCACAGUUUGAAAGAUUAGUUGUUUUGGAUUACAUCAUCAGAAAUACAGACAGGGGAAAUGAUAAUUGGUUAAUCAGAUAUGAAAAGAAGAAAUGUAAAAAGGAAACUGACCAUGAGGACUCAAACUGGAUCAAUGAUAAAGAAUUGCUUAUUAAAAUAGCUGCAAUUGAUAAUGGUCUAGCAUUUCCUUUUAAACAUCCUGAUGAAUGGAGAACAUAUCCAUUUCACUGGGCGUGGCUUCCGCAAGCAAAAGUUCCUUUUUCUGAAGAAAUAAGAAAUUUGGUUCUGCCAUAUAUUUCUGACAUGAACUUUGUGCAAGAUUUAUGUGAAGAUCUUUAUGAACUUUUUAAGACUGACAAAAGUUUUGACAAAGCUACUUUUGAAAGUCAGAUGUCUGUGAUGAGGGGUCAGAUCUUAAAUCUUACACAGGCGUUGAGAGAUGGGAAGAGUCCUGUUCAGCUGGUACAGAUGCCUUGUGUGAUUGUGGAACGCAGUAAAGGGGGAAGUCAGGGUCGGAUUAUCCACUCGGGCAGCUCCUUUACGCAGACCGUCCAUUGCAGGAAGCCAUUUUUUUCCUCCUGGUAGCAGGUGUAAGAGAAACAACUGUUGGGCAUUAUUGCAUUGUUAAAACAUUGCAGCAUUGUAAAUCUGCUGUUAAGAGCUCCAGAUGCCAAAACUCUUCAAAUAAUUUAAGUCUUUAAAAAGGUUACAUUUUGAAUGUAAUCAAAAGUUUACAGUUUUUGUCCAAAUAUUAAAUUUCUAUAUCAGGGAAGAAGUGAUAAGUCUUCUACAUUGUAUUUUUGUAGAAAUUUGUAUUUUGUGUUUUUGUUAGUUUAAAAGGUAAAAUCGUGGUUUACAAAACUAGAAUGACUAUAAUUACUGUAUAAUUCCAAGAAGAAAAAUUAGAUAUCUAUUGAUUUUGAAUACGAUAACAUUUUCUAUAUUUUUUAAACAUUGAGAAGAAUGUUCUUGUUAACUCUUCUUAACAUUGGGUAACAAAAGGCCUUUGAGGGUGGGUAAGUCUGAAACCACUCUUGUGAACUUUUAAGAGUAGUCAGUAGAAAAAUAGGUAAGAAUAAAGCAAUGCUGCCUUAAUUUUAAAAGCUGCUAUUUUAGAACUUGAGGAAGUGCCGCUAAAGUGGUCAUUAUUGGGGACCUAAAAAUUAGAUAUUUUAUUGAAGUGAUAGAUGGCCAUUUUCUUUUUUGUACCUUAGAAUUUGGGGAUGGGGGAGUUUACCAGGAAUUGAACCCAUGGGCACUUAACCACUAAGUCACAUUCCCAACCCUUUUUAAUUUUGAGGGCAGGGCCUUACUAAGUUGUUUAUGACCUCACAAAGCUGGCUUUGAACUUGUGAUCCUCCUGUCUCAGCCUCCUGAGCCACUCUGAUUCUAGGUGUGUGUUCCCAUGCCUGGUACCUUAGAACAUUUUUGAUGAAUUAUUUUUAGUAAGGAAAAACAUCUAAAGACAUGCCCCCUUCAAAAAGCCAAUGGAUAUACUCAAAUGAGACUUGAGAUGAAUAAUAUAAAUUUAAGGUAGAACUCUACUGUUUUGAAAUUUCACAAUAACCUUAAAAAUUCCCUUUUGUUUCUUACAUGGGAUCAAGUGAUUAAUCAAUCAGGACUUCAGAGUACUAGUCUUGUUCAUUUUAAUACUUCAAUUGGUAGUAAAGUCACUGGAAAGUAAACCAUACCCCAAAGUGUGUAUUGGAUUGCAUUUGGAGUUCUCAAUAAGUUCUUAAAAGUAAUAGUGGUGCUUAAAAUUAUAGACGCUGUUAUAAUUAGAGUUGGUUUUAGAUUAUUAGCUCAAAUUAGAGGCUAACAUGAGAGAGAACCACAAAUCAUUUAUAUUUGAUUUUGAAGUUUACUUUUAUGUUUUAUUUUGAAUAUCAGUGUGUCUCACAUUUUUGGAAUCUGUAAUACUAUUAAGUUACCAAGUGAUUUAAAUUGAAAUGAGCCUGAUAUAAAGCUGUGAUUCCAGAGGAGAAAAGUUUAAUUUCUUCUUCAGUCUCAAAGCUAGUAACAUCAGUACUUGGACUAAACUGGGCGAUUGGUGGUCUUGGUCUUUUGUUUUUUAGGUUUACUGAUUUUUUUUAAAAAAUGAGUUAUUUUUGUGUAAAAAGCGUAUCCAGGUGGUUCUUUGAGAAUGUAGGACGGAUCUGCUGUCUCUGUUCCUGGAAUCAUUCUCUCGACGUCCAUGGUGUGAUGAAGGAGCAUACUGCUGCCUCCCAGGAGCUCUUUGGAAGCCUGGGGCCUCCUGUCUUCUACAACCUUCCAUUUGCUCAGUUUUGAGAUAAAAAGGAAAGUGACUGGAAAAUCAAAACUCAAAGUACUGUCUUUAGGUAAAUACUAGUAAUCAAAAUGUGCCUUUUGAAGAUGUGUCUUUUUUAAAAGAAAAGAUAUAAGUUGUGAUGUGGGUCUGACUUUCCUAAAAUAAUUUUUUUCAGUAUUUUGAGAAUUACUAUAUUAAUUUUUAUAAUGGAUCACUUAGUAAAUUGCUACUGUUGUAUAUCUUACAAUUAAAAUAGUGCGAAUAUAUUUUUAAAUGUCUGACCAUGCACAAAAGUAGAUAUUUAAGAUGAGAUUACAAGUUAGGGUACAUUGGCUAUGUUUUGUAAACUUUCAUGAACUUAAUUCUUAUUUAAAUAUUGUGUUUUCUUCAAUGAGUAUAUUUAUAUUGUCAAACCUGGUAGAUUAAAGGUAAUAAAAUCCAUUGUCUUGAGGCUAG